AUUUGAAAUCGUGGCAAAAAUUGAGCCUAUAAUUACUAAAUUGGAAAAUUAGAAGAACUAAGCUACACUACAGCCUCAUUUCCCAAAUCCAUUUCUUUUACUCUCCGUCUCCUUUGCACAGAGAGUAACUAUGGAAAUGGCUACCACUAACCUCUGCAAUUCUUCUUUCUCAAUCAUUAAUUCUACCCACAAACGUACUGUACUCACGAAGCAACUCUCGGGUAUCAGCUUGUUACCUUCAUCUUCUAAUUCUAGAGGAAGAACAUCACUCAACUGUCGUUCAAGAACCCCAUUUCAUAACUCAGUUAAAUGCUCCGUUUCUCAAGCUACUGAAACACCUACUGCUGAGAAGAAGACUCAAUUGAUGAGGAGAAGAGAUGUCAGGAAUAUAGCAAUUGUUGCUCAUGUUGAUCAUGGCAAAACUACUUUGGUCGACGCCAUGUUGAAGCAAUCUAAGGUUUUUCGAGAUAACCAAUUCGUACAGGAAAGGAUAAUGGACUCGAAUGAUCUAGAGCGUGAAAGAGGGAUUACAAUUCUGAGCAAAAAUACUUCUAUUACUUAUAAAGAUACUAAGAUUAAUAUAAUUGAUACUCCUGGACACUCCGAUUUUGGAGGUGAAGUGGAGCGCAUUCUCAAUAUGGUGGAAGGGGUUCUUCUUGUGGUGGACUCUGUUGAAGGACCAAUGCCACAGACAAGAUUUGUCUUGAAGAAGGCUUUGGAAUUUGGUCUUGCUGUUGUUGUUGUUGUCAAUAAGAUAGAUAGACCUUCUGCUCGUCCAGAUUUUGUUAUCAAUUCCACCUUUGAACUAUUUAUUGAACUAAAUGCAACAGAUGAACAGUGUGAUUUCCAAGCAAUAUAUGCAAGUGGUGUACAAGGAAAAGCAGGAUUGUCUCCUGAUGCUUUGGCUGAUGAUCUUGGGCCACUUUUUGAAUCCGUAAUUAGAUGCAUUCCUGGACCACGAAUUGAAAAAGAUGGUGCACUGCAAAUGCUCGUAACAAAUAUCGAGUAUGAUGAACAUAAAGGUCGAAUAGGUAUUGGACGGUUGCAUGCUGGUGCCUUGCGAAAAGGAAUGGAUGUGAAGGUAUGCACGUCAGAAGAUUCAUGUAGAUAUGCAAGAGUUAGUGAACUUUUUGUGUAUGAGAAGUUCCAUAGGGUUCCAGCAGACACUGUGGAAGCUGGUGACAUUUGCGCUGUAUGUGGACUUGAUGACAUUCAAAUUGGGGAGACAAUUGCUGAUAAAGUAUCUGGGAAGCCAUUACCUUCUAUUAAAGUCGAAGAACCAACUGUGAAAAUGUCUUUCUCCAUAAACACUUCGCCAUUUGUUGGCCGUGAGGGAAAAUAUGUUACUAGCAGGAACUUACGAGAUCGACUCUACCGAGAGCUUGAGCGAAAUUUAGCUAUGAAAGUUGAAGAUGGUGAAACUGCAGAUACAUUUGUUGUUAGUGGGCGUGGUACUUUGCACAUCACCAUAUUGAUCGAGAACAUGCGAAGAGAAGGAUUUGAAUUCAUGGUGGGGCCUCCCAAGGUCAUUAACAAAAAAGUUGAUGAGAAAGUGCUGGAACCAUAUGAGAUUGCCAGUGUGGAGGUACCUGAAGUACACAUGGGCUCUGUAGUUGAACUUCUUGGCAAAAGGCGUGGUCUGAUGAUUGAUAUGCAAGGCCUUGGGUCUGAAGGAACAACACUGUUGAAGUAUAAGAUUCCUACCCGUGGCCUUCUUGGUUUGCGGAAUGCAAUUUUAACAGCUUCUCGUGGAACAGCAAUUCUUAAUACUAUAUUUGAUGGUUAUGGACCUUGGGCUGGAGAAAUGUCUACACGAGAUCUGGGUUCAUUGGUUGCCUUUGAGGAAGGAACAUCUACUUCAUAUGCUCUUGCUAGUUCACAAGAGAGAGGACACAUGUUCAUCGCUCCUGGAGUGGAUGUUUAUAAGGGACAAAUAAUCGGAAUUCAUCAACGACCAGGAGACUUAUCAUUGAAUGUAUGUAAGAAGAAAGCUGCAACAAAUGUACGUUCAAAUAAGGAACAAACAGUGGUUCUCGACACUCCCUUAGAUUACAGUCUGGACGACUGCAUCGAGUAUAUUCAAGAAGAUGAAUUGGUGGAGGUUACUCCCUUGAGUAUCAGAAUGUCCAAAAACCCGAAGUUCACGAAAAAGGGUCGAUGAACACUUUACAAGCAUAUCAAAUAGAUGAUCUACCAGGAAGGGUCGUUGAAUACAAGCAUAUCGAAUAGAUGAUCUGCCGGUAGAUACAUGUACGUGCAUAAUCUCUGCUAGAGGUAAUAAAACUAUUGCUGGACCCUCACUUAACACCCUUGUCUCUUUUUCGUGUCCAUGAAUGCCGUCUUUCUUGAAAUAUUCCGAAGCUAUUUUCCUUGUAGUAUUCAUAUAGAAUAAUUGUAUGAGAAUACAAGGGCAUACCAAGUUUUGCUUCCUAAUACGAGCGGGUAUACAACUACACAGAACAUUCGGUUCUAAGUACGAAAUUUAUCGCCAAGUGAAGAUUUUCAAGGUAGUGUCGAGAACCAGAUUCUUAAUUUGAUGUAAUGUAAAGUAAUGUUAGAUUGGAAUUCCUAAAUUUUAAAGGUCUAUUGUACGUAUUUUUGCAAAUGGUAGUCUUAUAUAUUUCAGUUUUUUCGGUUUGGUUUA